AUGGAGUCAUCACGUUUGUACUACAAGAAUCCAAAGCCGGCAGAGGAAAAAAGCGAAGGAAUACAGCAGAAUGUGCACUACCACACCUUCGCCGUAAGUGAUGGUUUGAAUGCAAGCGUAUCUAACGAAUACGGUAAUCAAGUAAUGGACUUGUUUUGGAACACAAGUAUAAGCUCUCACUAUGCGGACAAUGAAGCGGAUAAAAGCACAGAUUCUAAAAGUAACUUACUUUCUUCCAUAAGGCAACGUGUUUAUAGUACUAAAGAACCUGAUACUAUCUCGUCUGCAUUUCCAACCGCUUCAUACACUCACGAAAAUUUCGAUUUUAGAAACCUUAAGCUAAAAUAA